UGAAAGUGAAGUUCUCACCUGGGAAACAACCAGGAUCUCGGUCGUCAUUAUUUCUUCCUUGCAGACUAACGCUGACAGACAAAUGGCCUCCAGCAACAGUCUCUUGUCUGAGGAGCAGUUUCUGUGUCCCAUCUGCCUGGAUGUGUUCACUCGGCCAGUUUCCACUCCAUGUGGACACAACUUCUGCAUGUCCUGUAUCACGUCCUACUGGGACGGCUUACCAGUCAGCCAGUGUCCCGUCUGUAAGGAAACUUUCGAAAGGAGACCGGACCUUAAAGUCAACACUUUCAUCUCAGAACUUGCAUCGCAGUUCAUGACGCUUCAAGUAGACGCUCAAAUCUGGAGCACAGACCAACAUCAGGCUCGCUGUGGUGCUGCGGUGCUGUGUGAUAUUUGUACCGACACCCGGCGAGAGGCUGUCAAUUCCUGUCUGGAGUGUCUGACUUCUUACUGUGACGUCCAUCUAGAGCCUCAUCACAGAGCUGCGGGCCUGAAGACACACACACUGGUUGAACCCUUGGCGAGCCUGGAGGACAGGAUCUGCAAGGAGCACACCAGACUCCUGACUUUGUUCUGUAGAAAAGACGAGGUUUUGCUGUGUGACGUCUGCGCCAGUUUGCGCCACGUGAACCAUGACGUCGUUCCUGUGCAGCGAGCGUAUGAAGAGAAGAAGGCUCUGCUGGGGGACACUGAGGCCAGCGUGCAGCAGAUGAUCCAGGAAAGACUGCAGAAGGUCCGAGCCAUGAAGGAGUCAGUAAAACAAAGCAAGACAGAAACCAAAGAUGUGAUAGCAAACAGCGUGCAGGACUUGACGGCGCUGAUCUCUGAAAUCCGGAGGAGUCAGACGGAGCUUGCGAAGGUGAUCGAGGAGAAGCAAAAAGCAGCAGAAGAACAAGCAGAUGGGUUUAUUAGCAGUAUGGAGCGAGAGAUCACCGAGCUGCAGAGGACAACCAUGAAGCUGAGGGAGCUGAAACCGACUGAAGACCGGCUUUGUUUCCUCCAGAGCUUCCCAAACUCAUCCAUCCUACCACACACAAUGGACUUGUCCACAUUCAGUUUUAACAGACAAGUGGAGAUACACCACAUACGGAAAACUUUGAACAAAUCAAUGUCUCAACUGCGAAUGUUGCUGAAUAAAAUGACCACAGAAAUACAGCAGUUCCCUGACGGCACAGAUGUGUCAAACGAUGCUACGCUGAGAUAUGUGCAGCAGUAUGAGGCGGACAUUGUGCUCGAUCCUGACACAGCUCACUCUCUGCUGAUCUUAUCUAAUGACAGGAAACAGGUGAUGUACGGCAAUGAUUCCUGUUUGUGGGUAAACCAGAACCCAAAUAAGUUUACACAAUAUUUUGCAGUUCUGGGACAGAGAGGCUUCUCGUCACGUAGGUUUUACUUUGAGGUGUUUGUGGGUGGAAAGACUGAGUGGAAUCUGGGCGUGGCCACGGCGUCGAUCCAAAGGAGGGGGAAGCUUGUUAGGAGUCCUCACUGUGGACUCUGGGCCAUCAUGUUCCUAAAGGAUAAGUUUGUAACCUUCUGCUCUCCUAAAGUGCCGGUAGCCUUGGGCAAAGUGGAGCGGGUCGGUGUGUUUGUGGAUUAUGACGGAGGGCAAGUUUCUUUCUAUGACGUCCAGACCGCAACACUCAUUUACUCGUUUACUGAGUGUGUCUUUACUGAGAAACUGCAUCCGUUCUUUAAUCCUUGUGAUAAUGAAUUUGGUUCAAACUUGGGGCCGAUGAUAAUCGUUCCCGUCAGUCGUACAAUGUGAAUAGAAGUUUCAGAUACUCAGUGAUUUGUGAUAUUCCGUGAUAUUUACUAAAAUGCAACUGAUGUGUUUGAUUGCAUGGAACAAUUUUAUCCAAAAAAACAACAACAGAAGAGUAAAUAUAACAUGCAUUAAUUAAUUAAUCAGGUGCAGGAGAUGUAAAUGCAUAAAAGGAGAAAUUGUUAUAGACAUUACAACAAUACAACUGCAAAAUGUGCAGAUUAUCACUAGUUGAUUAAGUGAUGUGUUGUUUAUGUUUGGUGUGGUUGCAGGAAAAUACUUGAAGGUAAUCAUCCACAGGUACACAGGUGUGUGGAAAACGGGGAAAGCAGACAGCUUUUUACCGUGUUUGUCGUGUAAGUGUUUGAUUUGUUUGACAAGGAAAAUGAAUGGAACUAAACCAGAAAUGAAAUGAAAUGGAGUGUAAUGCUUGUGUGACGGUUAGCAGGCCGUUAAGGAAAAUAAAUGGGUCACAGCACCGAAAUGCAGACAAAUUGUG